UAAGAAUUUGGCUCACACAAAUAAAACAAUCGAUUUUGUGAGCUUUUAAAUUAAACUCUCCUGUUGCUGAGGCUGUUUUUUUUUUCAAAUUAGUGUUCCGGGUGGAGCUAUUACAUAACUCCAGUGAGGGGCGUAUGAGGACAGGCCGGAGCACAACAUGUAGGCAACCCGUUGUCGUUGUAGUUUGCUUUUCAAAUAACCUCUGGAACAUGAAGCAGGUGUUGUGAACUAGCUGGCCGAGCAGACGCCUGCAGGGAGUUGGUCCUCCUGUGUGAAGUAAAAGCUGAUGUAUGUAGCCUGGAGCUUGAUGAACCCGUUUCAUAAAAGCACAGAGAGGAGAGAGACUGCAGGGGAAUCACAGGAAGAACUGGACCCCCUGCUGGGCUCACAGGCUGAAGAGCUGAACUGAAAUGAAUUUAAUCAAGCUGAAAUACACAGUCGAUGACGCUCAGUUCUUCACAGUCACUGAAGGAGGAAGAGGAAGAAGGCCAGUCGGGAUGAGCGUCAAAGCGUGCGACGCGCUGAAGCUUCAGUCAGAUGAGCAGCAGCUCUGCAGGUUGAUGUCUUUCAUGAGAAGAUGCUCACUUUCACCAUCUUCUGUCACGUCUGGUUCCUGCACACACUUCUGAUCCGCUGCAGUGAAAACUCCACAGCAGUAAUCCGCUUUUCAGUCCCGGAGGAUCACCACAUCCGCCUGCAGUGUGGCAGCUCCAACACCUCUGAUGUGGUCUGGACCCAUCAGGACAGGAGGGUCCUAGUGACCCAACGGGGAAACUUCGAGACCAACGACGACCCCCAGCGUUACCGUCUGCUGUCCGACGGCAGCCUGCUACUCCUGCGGCUCGACGACUCCGACGGCGGCGAGUAUCACUGCAACCAGCGGCUGGUGGCCGAGCUGCAGGUGCUCACAGGCCACCACUUCAGGGUGUCCGCAGGCCGGACGCUGCUGCUCCCCUGCAGCCGCUCCUCCAAAGCCCGACUCAGGUGGUUUUAUCGAACGGACGGAGGCAGGCGGGAGGUCGUCUUCACCUGCUUCAGAAACGGAACCACCAAGUCAGAGAGGGAGGGGAACCGGCUCAGCUACGAGAACGACGCCCUGCAGAUCCAGGAUCUGCGGCUGGAGGACGCCGGACUGUAUCAGUGCAACGGGAAGCAGUGGACCAAGGUCAGCGUCCUGACAGCACAGCCGGAGCCAACCAGCAUCCAGCCAACCACCCGGACAAGUGCGACACCUGCAGUCAUGACAACAGAAGCGGUUGAAACGAAGAAGGAGAAGAAGAAGAGGCCUCAGAACGCUCUGCUGAUAGCUGCUGUGGUCGGUUUGGGCUUGAUGAUCCUUCUCAUGGCUGCUCUCUGCGUCCUGCUGACCAGCUUGAAGUGCAGCAGGAAGAAGAAGUGCGGAAGUGCCUUCACACCACAGUGUUCACGUGUUCUGAGGAGAAUCAGCUGCUCUCCUGUUUGCUCUGCAGCCUCUCAGGUGCACGAAGACACCGAGCUGCAGCCGUGGAAGACGUCCAGCAGACAAACCGAGCCUUACGAGAGUGCGUCUCCACCUGAGGACACGGUCCAUUAUGCCUCUCUGGGCCGGCAGAACUGGAGGGAGAGACCCUGCAGGACUCUUCCGGAUCAGAACCACCACCACGUCAUCUACUCUUCUGUGAUCACCAGACCUGCCGCCAAGUAGACCUCACACAGAAAGACGGUCUGCGGGGUCCUGCCGCAGGCCUCGAGACGCUCCGAGCACCACGUGCGGUGUCCUCUGGUUUACAUGUUGUGUGUACCUUACUUCACUAAACCCACCUGACGGCGGCGAUUAAAAAGACGUAAAGAUGCGCGGUGCA